ACACAGCAUAAACUCAUUCAAGAACCGACUCUUGGAGAACAAUUAUAUCACAAACAAAGAUGAUUAUAUCUGUUUCCAUAUUAGUCUCUCUCGCACCAUACAUAGCCUCAGCAUUGCUUCUCUUCCUUUUCCUAGAGCAACUCUCUUACCAUGUCAAGAAACGUAACAUCCCUGGCCCUUUCUUUGUCCCUCCCAUCAUCGGAAGCGCCGUCUCUCUCGUCACUGACCCCACUACCUUCUGGGACAAGCAAUCCGCAACGGCCGGAACCUCCCCCGGCCUCUCCGCCAACUACCUCAUCGGAAAAUUCAUCGUAUACAUCAGAGACACAGAGCUCUCCCACCAAAUCUUCUCCAACGUCCGUCCCGAUGCUUUCCACCUCGUGGGACAUCCCUUCGGCAAGAAGCUAUUCGGUGAUCACAACCUCAUCUACAUGUUCGGUGAGGAUCAUAAAUCAGUUCGUCGCCAGCUUGCUCCCAACUUCACCCCAAAAGCACUCUCAACCUACACUACCCUCCAGCAGUUAGUUAUCCUCCGUCAUCUACGCCGGUGGGAGGAAACAUUCUCCGGCGAGUCAGGACCCGUGUCGCUGCGAAACCUAGUCCGUGAACUUAACCUAGAAACCUCUCAGACAGUUUUCGUCGGACCGUACCUUGACAAAGAAGCAAGAAACAUGUUCCGUACGGAUUACAAUAUCUUCACCCUCGGAUCCAUGGCCUUACCGAUAGACCUUCCAGGGUUCGCCUUCGGCGAAGCUCGCCGCGCGGUGACUAGGCUGGCGGAUACACUCGCCGUCUGCGCGGGAAAGUCGAAAGCGAGGAUGGCGGCGGGGGAAGAGCCGACGUGCUUGAUUGACUUCUGGAUGCAGGCCAUCGUCGAGGAGAGUCCCGCGCCGCCGCACUCCGGCGACGAAGAGAUCGGCGGCUUCCUCUUCGACUUCCUCUUCGCCGCGCAAGACGCGUCCACGUCAUCGCUUCUCUGGGCGGUUGGACUUCUUGAUUCUCAUCCGGAGGUCCUGAGAAGAGUGAGAGAGGAAGUCGCGAGGAUAUGGCAGCAUGACUCCAACGCGUUGAUAACAGUCGAUCAGCUCGCGGAGAUGAAGUACACGCGCUGCGUGGCGCGUGAGGUAGUGAGAUUCCGACCGCCAGCGACAAUGGUCCCACACGUCUCUGCUAAAGACUUUCCUCUCACUACCUCGUACACUAUCCCAAAAGGUACAAUUGUCUUUCCCUCGGUUUUCGACUCCUCGUUCCAAGGGUUUACUGAACCGGACCGGUUCGAUCCGGAUCGGUUUAGCGAGGCUAGGAAAGAAGAUCAGGCGUUUAAACGCAAUUUCCUAGCGUUUGGAUGGGGUCCGCACCAGUGUGUGGGUCAGCGUUACGCCUUGAACCAUCUCGUGCUGUUCAUCGCAAUGUUCUCGACGCUGUUGGAUUUCAAGAGGGUUCGAUCAGACGGCUGCGAUGAGAUUGUAUACUGUCCCACGAUAUCGCCUAAGGAUGGUUGCACGGUGGUUUUAUCGAGGCGUGUUGCAGCGUUUCCCGACUUGCCGUUAAAUUGA